UAUAAGUUAAAUAUGAAUAUAAGUAGGAAUGGAUGGAUUGAAUGUUGCACAUGCGAAAGCUAAUGCUGUGUUUCCUAGUGGUAUGACCUCCAGAGAGCGUUUACAGGGGGAAUAACAAAGGGCCUAACACUGAGCCUUGCGGCACACCAUAUAUUCUCUUUGAGCUAUUUAAAUGGUCUGCAUUUAUAUAGCGCUUUUUUAACCUUGGCGGUUAAUUAACCUUAACUGUGACUCAUUAGCCCAUUCACACACACACACACACACCAAUGGCGGCAGAACUGCAUGUAAGGUGCUAGCCUGCCAUUGGGAGCAACUUGGGGUUCAGUGUCUUGCCCAAAGACACUUCGGCAUGUGGAGUCAUGUUGGCCGGGUAUCGAACCGCCAAACAUGCGAUUUGUGGCCAACCCGCUGUACCACCUGAGCCACAGCCGCCCCAUUUAAGUAGUAAACCUCACCCUCAAGGUGCCCCCAACACAGAUAUCUAUUGGAUACGGUCACUGCAUUGCUCUAUAAUAUCUAGAUCCCCUCAGCUGCUCAUCGCUCAUGAUUGAAGAGUGUUACCUUGAUCUGAACCAAAACACAAUCUGAAUACCUGCUUCAAGAACUCGAUCCACAGAUUCACUAUUUCAUCUCUCAGUUAUGUUAAGUCGUAAUCUGGGAAAUGUGUGUGUGUGUGUGUGAGAGCCAGUGAGGGAUUCCUGGCCUUGGAGUGUCUUGUUUACUCUUCCACUAUAUAUCAGUCCCACUGGAUCAGACGGGAUCCCAUUUUUGGCUGACCUGCAUUUUCCCUGCAGCUGCCACCGUCACUUAUCUGAAACCCAAAGUAGCUUGUUCAAGUGUGACACUAAUGUUGGACUGCGAUUGUAAAGUAGAGAGAGACCAAUGAGGGGAAAUAGACGACAGCAGUUUGAAAUUGCACUUAUAAGGAAUAAACGUUAUCAGAUGCAAGAACCAGAAAUGGAUCAGGAUGAAAACAAUAUCCAGGAAGUCAGCCCAGAUAGUGAACUGGCAGCAGCAAUUAUGAAGAGGCAGUUUCGCCCGUCUCUUAUUAAAACAGAAGCGUGGGAAGGGUACACCUUUGCUGACAUGGAGAUUAAAAUCAAAGAGUCAACGGACUGCUACGGCGCCGUACUCUGGCCCUCGGCGAUGGUGUUGUGUCAUUUCCUCGACACUCACCGCGACGAAUAUAACCUCAUGGAUAAGAACAUUAUUGAACUAGGAGCUGGGACCGGUCUUGUUACCAUAGUAACCAGCCUUCUAGGAGCAAAAGUGACAUCCACAGACCUGCCAGAUAUUCUGAGUAACCUGAGACACAAUGUGAACCGUAACACCAGGGGGCGCUGUCGCCAUCAGCCGCAGGUGACUGAACUCAGUUGGGGCCAAAAUCUGGAGGAAAGCUUCCCACGUGUGUCCCAUCGGUACGAUUACAUCAUUGCGGCGGAUGUUGUGUACGGACAUCCUUACCUCAACGAACUCCUGGACACCUUCUUGCACCUGUGCUCCGACAACACCGUGAUCUUAUGGGCCAUGAGGUUCCGUCUGGACCCAGAGAACAGAUUUGUGGACACAUUUGAGAAACAUUUUCACCUGCAAGAACUCUACGAUCUGCCCAGUCUGCACAUAAAGCUGUACAGUGCACGCAAAAGGCGCAAAGACACAUCAUAAGAGUGCAUUUGAAACUGGAAUUGGACUGUUUACAUCUUUAAAGCAGGACCGGUUCUAAGAUCGGGGGGGAUUUUUAACUUAAGGGUGGGCUCGUGGUUGUCUCUUCAUCUGACCGGGAAAGGGAUUUCAGAAGUUUCUGGGAGGGCACAAGUAAAAUCGGUCAUGCUUAAAGUCAACAUAAAAAUCAAAAUGGACUCUAUUUGCUUUCUUAAUAACGUUCUUGGUCUUAAUAUUUUAUAGACUAAUUCAUAAUGACCAGUCUGAUCUCAUGAAAUGUACGUAAUAUUGGCAACAUUUUUGCAAACCAAAAGUACGUUCGGCUGCAGGUUCCCAGUGAAAUGUCCAGCGGGGGGCGCCAGAAGUGAGUUAAUGUAAUCAGACGAUGUUUUUAAGGUGAAUUAUAGAUGGGGGUUUUAAUGAGUAAAACGUAAUUCCCUUACUUAAAACGUAACUUUAACCUAACCGAUAGUGUCUUAAAAGAUAAAUGUGAGCAUUUGUGUUACUAAAAAUAACAAAAUAAGGCAUCAAAACAUUCGCAUUGAAAAUUAGCGCCCCCUAGAGGUAACGGUGUAGAAUUAUUUGUAUAAAAGUCCUUCACAUUGAACAUAAAUGGAUAAGUCAUAUAUCAAAUGAAAGCCCUCAAUCUCAGGAUUGUGACUGUAUAGUUUAUUUUGUUGCACUAAUACCACAGUUUGAAAUAUUUUCAAAAGAAUCACAAAGUGAAAUUUGAUUUCGGUAAGUCAUCAAAUAGAAACAUAUCUUUUAUGCUCCGAUAACUGAUGCUUUUAGCCAAAAAUAGCCCAAAAAUGUAUAUUUACUUUUACCUUAGAAAGUUUUCUAAAACAUUAUCAUGCAUUGUUUACUCGUCUGUGAGCUUGUGUGAAUAAUCCAAUGUUAUAUCUUAGAUGUCCAGAACAAAAUAUGCCAUCCGGAAGGAAAAGCAUGCUUAACAAAUCAACAUAAAAAUAUCAGUUAGAAUAUUUAUUAUAACUAUUAUGAAAUGUUAUAUCAAUGCAAAGGGGAUGAUCUCAGCUUUCUAAUGACACCUAUAUUGAGCUUGUAGAUUAGACUGAAUGGGUAUAAUGUGUUAGAGCGCCCCCUACAGUUCACAUCUGUGAGGGGUAUAAUGUGUUAGAGCGCCCCCUACAGUUCACAUCUGUGAGGGAUAUAAUGUGUUAGAGCCCCCUACAGUUCACAUCUGUGAGGGGUAUAAUGUGUUAGAGCGCCCCCUACAGUUCACAUCUGUGAGGGGUAUAAUGUGUUAGAGCGCCCCCUACAGUUCACAUCUGUGAGGGAUAUAAUGUGUUAGAGCGCCCCCUACAGUUCACAUCUGUGAGGGGUAUAAUGUGUUAGAGCGCCCCCUAUAGUUCACAUCUGUAUAUUGUGAUAGAGAACAAAUAUAUUUUUCUAGUGUUUUCUGCCACCUAGUGGAACACAAUGUGAGCAAACAGAACCAGAAUUACAUGUUUACAAAGUUACAACAACAACAAACCUGUUUAUCAUAAGAUUAUAAACACAUGCAAUAUUAUUUAUGAAUAAUUUGAGUCUUUUUUUAAGUGGGCGGUUCUGUGAAAAAUUUGACCAAUUUUUUGCAAUUAGUCCACAGUAUGUGUGAAUAGUGAGCUAUUAAAUUGGAGUUUAAGGGGUUAAUCAAUGCCUACACUUAAACAACAGAGUUUUCAAUAUCAACCUAACAUUGACCGAAGCAACCACAUUAUAUUGCGCCGUUGCUAUGGCACUUUUACUUUCACUUUCGUUUCGAGCAUUCUUUUGACCCGCGGACUUCCGAGUCAUCAGGUGAGCUACCGCGCAAGCGCAUUGUAAUAACUAUGUAAAUGUGUGUCUGUAUUGCAAGUGUUAAAAUCUAUAGUUUUCAAAUUGUGUUAUAGUAAAAGUGUUUUGACAUAAUAAAAAAAAUGUGUGUUUAUAAGGUCAUAAACAGUCACAGUCAGUGUUGGGGAGUAAC